AUGUACACGUUCUGGCACGUCACUUACCUUUGCACCUCCUGCGGUUAUUUCAAUGGUGAAGUAGCUUCAAGUCUCCCAUGCGUCUCCCAUAUGCACUCUCACGCGCUCUCUCACGCGCUCUCUCACGCGCACUCUCAUGCGCUCUCUCACGCGCUUGCGCACGAGCUCUCUCACGCGCUUGCACCGCACUCUCUCCCGCACUCUCUCACCCGCCCUCUCAUGCACUCUCUCACUCGCACUCUCACGCGCCCUCUCAUACACUCUCUCACACGCACCCUCACACGCUCUCUCAUGCUCCCUCACGCGCUCUCUUAUGCGCACCCUCACGUGCUCUCUCACGCGCACUCUCACGCGCUCUCUCACGCGCACUCUCACGCGCUCUCUCAUGCACACUCUAACGCGCACACUCACGCGCUCUCUCACACGCUUGCGCACGCGCUCUCGCACGCUCUCAUGCGCUCUCUCACACCCGCUCUCACGCGCACUCAUGCGCUCUCUCACGCGCUCUCUCACGCACACCAUCACGCGCUCUCUCCCACACUCUCUCACGCGCACACUCAUGCGCACACUCACGCGCGCCUUCACGCGCACUCUCACGCGCACUCUCACGCGCACCCUCACGCGCUCUCUCACGUUCUCUUUCACGCGCUCUCUCACGUUCUCUUUCACGCGCUCUCUCACGUUCUCUUUCACGGGCUCUCUCACGCGCACUCUCACACGCACUCUCACGUGCAUUCUCACACGCUCCCUCACACGCUCUUUCACGCUCUCUCACGAGCACCCUCACGCGCACUCUCACGCGCUUGGUGGGAAGGAGAGGCGACGGCGGGGAGGGAAGGAGAGACGAUGGCGGGGAGGAGGGAGAGGCGGCGGCGGAGAGGAGGGAGAGGCGACGGCGGUAUGGGAGGGAGCGGCGACGGCGGCUGGGAGGGAGGGAGACGCGAUGGCGGCGUGGGAGGGAGCGGCGACGGCGGGGUGAGUGGGAGAGGCGACGGCUGGGAGUAA